AUGAAUUCCAAACGAAAACUGUGCCUUGGAUUUGGAAUGGCUCAUCGAAUCAGUGACAAUGCAAUAGCAUUUGUCCUUGUGGAAGAAAGUGACGACGAAUUGGAUGAGCUCUUUUUACCUGGAAGCGAAGAUGAAUCGGAUCAUUUGAGUGUGCAGUCUGAAUGUAAAAGUGAAGGAGAAGAAGAAGAAAUUACUUCGGGUGGUGAGUUUUCUAGUUGUCACCAGUUUUAUAUGGGUAAAGACUGCAAAACUAAAUGGCUAAAGGAACCGGCUAAGGACCAAUAUUCAUACAAAAAAUGA